GCGCUAAGUGUCCACAGCUGGCUCUGCCACUAAGCCUGUCAUGGUGUCUUGGGACAAAGCUCACCUGGGUCCUAAGUAUGUGGGCCUCUGGGACUUCAAGGCACGAACAGAUGAGGAGCUGAGCUUUCAGGCAGGAGACCUCCUCCAUGUUACUAGGAAGGAGGAACUGUGGUGGUGGGCCACCCUGCUGGAUGAGGAAGGCAAGGCCUUGGCUGAGGGCUACGUGCCCCACAACUACCUGGCUGAGAAGGAAACUGUGGAGUCUGAACCGUGGUUCUUUGGUUGCAUCUCCCGCUCAGAGGCCAUGCACAGGCUGCAGGCUGAGGACAACUCGAAGGGUGCCUUCCUGAUCAGAGUCAGCCAGAAGCCAGGAGCAGACUAUGUCCUCUCUGUGCGGGAUGAUCAGGCCGUGCGACAUUACAGGAUCUGGAGGAACACUGCGGGCCGGCUGCACCUGAAUGAGGUGGUAUCCUUCUCCAGUCUGUCUGAACUUGUGGACUACCAUAAGACCCAGAGCCUGUCCCAUGGCCUACAGCUGUCCAUGCCCUGCUGGAAGCACAAAACUGAGCCCUUGCCCCACUGGGAUGACUGGGAGAGGCCACGGGAGGAGUUCACACUCUGUAAGAAGCUGGGGGCCGGCUACUUUGGGGAGGUCUUUGAAGCGCUCUGGAAAGGCCAGGUCCGUGUGGCUGUGAAGGUGAUCUCUAGAGACAAUCUCCUGCACCAGCACACCUUCCAGGCUGAGAUUCAGGCCAUGAAGAAGCUGCGGCACAAGCACAUCCUGUCGCUGUAUGCUGUGGCAACUGCAGGGGACCCAGUCUACAUCAUCACGGAGCUCAUGCCCAAGGGGAACCUGCUGCAGCUACUGCGGGACUCUGAUGAGAAAGUCCUGCCUAUUUUGGAGCUGGUGGACUUUGCAUCACAGGUUGCUGAGGGGAUGUGCUACCUGGAAUCUCAGAACUACAUUCACCGUGACCUGGCUGCAAGGAAUGUUCUUGUUACAGAGAACAAUCUCUGCAAAGUGGGGGACUUUGGGCUGGCCAGGCUUGUCAAGGAGGAUAUCUACCUUUCCCAUGAGCACAACAUCCCCUACAAAUGGACAGCACCUGAGGCACUUUCCCGAGGGCAUUACUCCAUCAAAUCUGACAUCUGGUCUUUUGGGGUUCUUCUUCAUGAAAUUUUCAGCAGGGGGCAGAUGCCCUACCCAGGCAUGUCCAAUCAUGAAACCUUCCUGAGGGUGGAUGCCGGCUACCGCAUGCCCUGCCCUCUGGAGUGCCCACCCAACAUACACAAGCUGAUGCUCAGCUGUUGGAGCAGAGAUCCCAAGCAGAGACCUUGUUUCAAAGACCUGUGUGAGAAACUCACAGGUAUCACCAGGUAUGAGAACCUGGUCUGAGCUCCUUGGAUGUGGCCAGGAUCUACAGAAGAAGGCCUCGUGAUUUCCCUGGACAUCUGUUGAAGGCAUGCACCAUCCUUCAGUUUACUGAGAUGAAGGGAUAGGAGACAUACCAAACAUACCUCAAAUACUGUAUGUUGUCAAGGGAAGAGUAAAGAGGCAGCCAUGUUCCUUUCCCAUUUAUCCUCCUCUAGGAUGCAGUACACGUAAUUCAGGAAGUCACUCUCUGGCUUCUUCCUCCCUUCUUCUGUGAAGACUUCAUGUGACAGAGAAGCCAAGAAGAGUCUAGGCAACAGGCCUUGUGGAGUUCUUGCCAUAUCGCUUUUAGAGCUUGACUGUCCACAAACGCAUACCCUACCCUUUAGCACCUUAAUUCUGCAGGAUCUUAUGCCACAUAAAACUCAGAACAACUUUGCAUGA